AUGCGCCUGCGCCCUUCGGGGCUGAAAGAGGACGAGGAGGAGGAAGACGAGGAGGAGGAGGAGGAGGAGGACGCGGCGGCGGCAAGAGGAGACACCGAAACAGGUGUCAGAUCUGUGGGCGAGUUGUACCAGGAGCGCGUUGGCGCUCGCGGCCGUGGCCAUCGUGGUCGUGGUGGUCGUGGCCGGGGCCACCACGGCCACGGUGGUCACGGCGCCUCGAACGCGGUCGUCGGGCAGUCCGGCCAGCAAGCCCCUCCUGCUGCCGAGGAUGCCGCCGCCGGCCGGCCGCCCCCCCAAACCCCCGCGCCCCAAGCCCUCGCCGCCCAGGACCCCCCUGGUGCCCCCGAUGGUGGCCCCGGUGCUGGCCCCGGUGCGCCCAAAGCUGCUCCCACCGAGCAGGCCGCCCCCGCCGCCCCAGAGAAGUGA